UGCAUGGUCUCUGAGGCGAUUUUGCAAAAGAAAAGAAAUUUGGUUGCAGUCAGUUAUUUGUUAAUUAGUGCUGGAAGGAAAUAUGGUAGAAGUGAAAUUUAUUAACAUAUUAUGGAUGCUGUGGAUAGUUACUGGAUCGACAUUCUCCCAGUCGCAAUCCAGAAGAUUCAACCCUACAAUUAUCCAAGAUUCCAGGAUCGAACCAACAAGUGAUGGUACUUUUGGUUUCCAAUAUAGAACAGAGGAUGGUAUUAGUCAUGCCGCUCAAGGAGAUCCUUCAGGUUAUAUACAUGGGAGUUAUUCUUAUAAAGAUCCUACAGGACUUAAAGUAAAUUUCAAUUAUUUUGCUGGUACUAGAAAUGUGAAUUCAGCUACUCAGAAUGUUCCCGAGUCUCCUCCGGAACCUCAACAACAGUACUACAGUGAACCAGAACCUUAUCAACCAGCUCAAGAGGAAUACAUACCUAGAACUAGACCACCGAGUUCUUACCCAAGACCACAAUACCAAUCAGCUUACGAAACAAGAUAUACUUCAUCUAGAUUAAAUGAAGUUAACAAUGACUAUCAAUAUGGGGGAUAAUUUGAAUUUGAUUUAAAGAAAAAUUGUGUGGAAAAUAAAACAUUUUUUGCUUUUCUAUAAUUGCUUAAUAAUUCUACUGCAAUUAGAUCCGAUACUUUCUUAUAAAUUUUAAAUCAGGUAAAUACCUGAGAGUUUCCAAACAUGUCUGGCUUUUUUUUACACCUACGUGGUAAAAACUAUGGAUUAUUGAUAAUUUAUUAAUAAAAUAAUUGCAACUAGAA